UGUGUGUGUUUUAAACCCAUGUUGAUUGUUGAAAGUGCUCGGUUUCCAGGAGUCGAUACAUCUCGAGCCUCGUUUCCUCUGAUUGGCUCGUUCAGGCGCGCGCGUCUGAGGAGGACUAUAUAAGCGCAACAGGCGACCUGCAGAUCUGAACCUCUCUCACCGCAGCCUGGGGACAAGAAGCACAGCUCACCCUAAUGAACACUGAAGUGCCUGUGUGAGGAGGAUUCACUGAGAAGAGGAACAUCAUUUGGGAAUCUAGCAUCACCCAGCGGGUUUAGCCCAGAGGGAUCAUGUGGGUUCUGGAGAAGAUCCGGGACUCCGUCGAAACAAAUGUGCUCCGACAAGGAGAGGUGGGUGACAAGGGGAAGGCACCGGUCUAUAGCAACGUCCUCACACCCGAUAAGAUUCCAGAUUUCUUCAUCCCCCCAAAGCUGGUAAGCUGCCCACCAGAGACUGAAGCUUCUGACGUCAAGUCCAAAGAUAGCCUGAGACCCUCGACCUCAGAGCAAACCAUCAGCAACAAGAAGAUCAGCUGCCCUCGUAGCCCACGACUGGUCAGCAAGUUAGCAGGAGACACAAAGAACCUGCUCAGGGCGGCUAACCGGCACAUCAUUCAGAUCGAGACUGCGGACGACGUCGUAGCGGGCGACACCAACGCCGACCCUCAAUCCCAGACUGCCAUGUCCCUUCCUUACAUUCCAAAGACUCAGACUUCUUACGGAUUUGCCACGUUGAUGGAGAGUCCUCACACCCGGCGAAAAGAGUCCCUGUUCCACUGCGACCACACCAGUCCAGUUACCUCCCCCAAUACCCAACGCAAGUCCCAAGGCAAGAGCAGCAACGAGGGAAACCACCUCAACCCUCCGGAUUUCAGCACCUCUCACAUAAACCCCUACCGAUACUUCAGCGGUGGCGAGAGCGACACUUGCUCUUCGGCAGAGUCGUCCCCCUUCAGUUCACCACUGCUCUCUCGUUCCGCCUCUUUACUGAAGAUCUUCACCCAUGAGACACAGGCCAGGGUGGCCAAAGGCAAGCGGACAUUUGCCAGGCAUAGUUCCUUAUCCACGGACGAGUGCAGCUCGGCGGAGCCCAGCCCUAACGUUCCUAGAAGGAGCCACUGUUCCUCCUUGCAAGCUGGUGGAGCUCUGGACCAUCUUCAUGGCGCGGACCGUCAAUACAAGGAGCACACCAUCAACAUGCACAAAGGAGGCACCAUCCGACUCUGCGCAGACUACGACGCGGGUACGGCCCGUCUGCGAAUCCGCAUUAUGGCGGCCGAGGACCUGUAUGAUCCCGUGUUUGAUAUUAAGAGCAUCAACUGUUGUGUCUCGCUCUACCUCAAUCCGGGCAAGGUGCAGAAGCAGAGGAGCACGAUAAUCAAGAACAGCCGCAAUCCCGUCUUCAACGAGGACUUCUUUUUCGAUUCGGUGGCUUCGGCUCAGGUUAAGAGCCUAGCUUUGAAGAUCAAGGUUGUGAAUAAAGGCACUAGCCUGAAAAGAGACAUGCUGUUAGGUGAACGGGAGGUCCCUUUGUGCAAGCUCUUGUCUGGAUUUUAGGCCUACAGAAUGGGACCGUGUCUCCAAAGGUGGAAUAAGUUCUUCUGUGCUAUAUAUUUGCUUUGUUGUCUUUCAUGUAGCGGUGGUUAAUUUGGUAUUUACAGAUUCAGAAGCAACAACCACCACCUGCUUCAGACCAAGGCAUUAGCAUAGCUUUAAAUCUGUUGCCUGUAAAUAUAGAAGAGUCUAUGACAAACUCUUUUCGUAUGUUGCCUUCUGUAUUUUGAUUGGUCUACGCAUUUAGCCUUCGCGUUUACCUUUUUGAUCGCAGUCCUUUGAACCUUCACAAUGGCCCUCUGUGCUAAUGUUAGCUUUGAUCUUGGAUGCAUCUGCUGGCUAAUUGGAGGACAAAUAACCAGACUGAACAAUGUUGCGUCACACUGCAUGUGUCGGCGUCAGACUUUGGCGUAAACUUGUAAAUGCGAUGACGUAUUCUGGCAAAUGUGCAGAAUGUCAUUUGGUGAAACCCGGAAGCCUUACUAAAGAGCGAUUUUUGUGUGUUUCGUUUUGCUCAGAUUGGAACAUUUUUUGACUGAGCCUCGUUAUCAGUAUCUAUUUGCUGGACAUCAUCUGGUUUGGACUCUUUGUCAAAAGCCUUUUAUGAAACAGGAUCCAUAUGAAAUACUUUCUUUGAAAGUCUUUCCAUGCACUCAAUUUAUCCAGAGGAAAGUACCAAGUAAACUAUCUACUCCCCUUCCCAGAUCUAAAUUCCAAUCCUCUAGCCAAAAAUGAUUCGGUUAAAUUCAGUAAAAUCAUAUGGAAAGGAAACUGUAUAUGCUGCAUGUGUCAUUAUGCAAAUGGUUAAUCUGAUGUGUAGUUUGCUUUUUCAACAGACAGAAACCAUAUAAAGAGAAAAGUGGUUACAAUUGGACACAGACAUGAUCAUGAAUGGAUGGAUGCAUGGAUCUUUCCUUUCUGGCUUGAGAUAUUGGUAAUUUUCUGACACAAGACCAAAUAGCUAUUAAAUUAUUGGAAAGAGUAUCUACCCUCCUUUGAUACAUACUAAAUUAAAUAAAUUUAGUAAACGUUUAUUUCCUUUCUGGCUCCGCUUUAUAGAUAAAGAGCAGAAAAGGCAUUUUUGAGGUAAUGAGGCAGCAAGUGCUCAUUAAAAUGCUAAAAAAAAGCAUCAGAAAUGGCCCCAUUGAAACUAACUAAUAGCUUGUUGGUUUCAAAGGCGAUGCAGGGAAUGGACAAGACAAUUUUUAUAUUUAUGAUCUGUGGAUUGUGCAGUAAUUAUUUGAGUGCAAAAAGCAUAUGAAGCUUUUCGUUUAUAUUCAAGUGUUUCAUUAAGUCUUUAAUUUCCUAAACCACUCGAAUGCUGGAGUCUUCCUGUUUUGACAGGUGUAUUUUGCGAAAUGAAAAAAGUGCCAAUCCUAUGUACUUGAUGUAGAAGUUCACCUGGCGUUUACCGUCAUUUGUUCAUAGUGGAUCCCGUCAGCUCUGGUGUUUGUAACUUGUGUGCAUGGAUAAUAUUUUCACUGUGGUAAUCAACCUGUAAUAUUUUUUUUUUGGAUGUGUGAGCUGUUUGAUGGAGUGUAAUUUUCUGCACCUCUGCAUGGAUGUUCAACUGGUGUAAAAUAAUAAAAACACAUUUGUGGCCA